AUGGACGUGGCGCACAGGGAUCACCUCCUCGCCGCGGCGCGCCGCGCGCUCGGCGCCGCGGUCGUCCUCGUCUGCCUCCUAGCCGAGCUCCUCGUCUUCGCGCUCGGGCGCCACGCGGCGCUGCACCUCGUCCCGGCCUGCGCGAUGCUGCUGCUGCUGCUGUGGCGGUCCGGUGGGCGAGGCGGCGGCUCCGCGGCGGGCGUCGUGCUGGUGGACUUCGCGUGCCUGCGGCCACCCCGGCGGCUGCGGAUCCCGACCGCGGGCCUCCUCGAGCAUCUCCGCCUCAUCGGCUGCUUCGACGGGGCCAGCGUCGCGUUCAUGUCCCGCGUCAUCGGGGCCUGCGGGAUGGGGGACGAGACCUACUUCCCGCCGUCGCUGCACCGCAUCCCGCCGUCGGCCACGCACGCCGACGCGCUGGCCGAGGCGCGCGCCAUGUUCGUCCCCACGCUCGACGCGCUCUUCGCCAGGACGGGCGUGCCGCCGUCGGCCGUGGGCGCGCUCGUCGUCAGCUGCAGCGGGUUCUGCCCGGCGCCGUCGCUUGCCGCGGUGGUCACGGGGCACUACCGCAUGCGCGACGACGUCCGGGCGCUCAACCUCUCCGGCAUGGGCUGCGCGGCGGGCGUCAUCGGGAUGGACGUCGCGCGGGCCGCGCUGAGUGCGCACGCCAUCGACUACGCCGUCGUCGUCAGCGCGGAGAUCGUCACGGUGGGGUGGUACAGCGGGCGGGACCGCGCCAAGCUCCUCCUCAACUGCUUCUUCCGCACCGGCUGCGCCGCCGCUCUGCUCACGAGCGCGGGCUCCGCCGUCUCGGUGCCGGCCAAGUACCGGCUCGUCGCGCUGGCGCGCACGAACCGGACGGCCGACGACCGCAGCUACAUGUCCGCGGUGCGGGAGGAGGACGGGGAGGGCAUCACGGGGUUCUCCAUCGGCCGCGGGCUCGGCGGCGUGGCGCGCGACCUCCUGCGCGCCCACCUCCUCGAGCUGGGCCCCAACAUCCUCCCGCUGCACGAGAAGCUGCGCUACGCCGCGGCGCUGCUCCUGUUCCGCCGCCAGCAGAAGCGCUCCAAGCAAGUCCCCUCCGAUGACGACGGCGACGGCCCAAGGCCCAACUUUUUAACCGCGGCGAGCCACUUUUGCCUGCCGUCGUCAGGGAUGCCGAUGAUCCGGAGGUUGGCGGAGGGGCUCGGUCUCGGGGAGCUGGAGGCGGAGGCAGCGCUGAUGACGUUCCACCGGUUCGGCAACCAGUCGGCGGCGUCGCUGUGGUACCAGCUCGCAUACCACGAGGCGAAGGGGCGGGUCCGGCGCGGCGACCGGGUGUGGCAGCUCGGCAUGGGGAGCGGGCCGAAGGCCAACAGCGCGGUGUGGGAGCGCGUCGGCGGGGACACAGACCCCGCGGCCGCGGACGAAGGCCCCUGGGCCGACUGCAUCCACCGCUUCCCCAUCAGAGAAUCGUAG